AUGUCCGUCACGAACGGUGGAGGCGGGAUGAACGGGACCAGCGGGGCCAACGGCCACUUAGGGUCAAAAAUGAAUAUCAGCGAUGAAGACUACAAGACUUACGAGAAAGGCGUUCAGGUUAUUGAUGAGAACAAGGAGUUUACACCGAACCUCCCCACAUACCUCGCUAUUCAGAACUUGAUCAGCACGGGAUUCAACUACCAUGUUGUCGCUGUAUUUGGAUCCCAGUCAACAGGAAAAUCGACCCUUCUCAACCAUCUCUUCGGAACCCAGUUCUCGGUUAUGGACGAGGCUGCUCGCAGACAGACGACCAAGGGAAUUUGGAUGUCGAGGGCUCUUGACGAGCAGGAUCAUGAGCAGCUAGUCGCCAAUAGAGAAGGGGGUAUGACAAACAACAUUUUGGUUAUGGAUGUAGAGGGAACCGAUGGUCGCGAGAGAGGAGAGGACCAGGACUUUGAAAGGAAAAGUGCCUUAUUUGCACUGGCUACCAGUGAGGUUUUGAUUGUCAACAUCUGGGAGCACCAGGUUGGUCUCUAUCAAGGGGCCAAUAUGGGUUUAUUGAAGACUGUAUUUGAGGUUAAUCUGGGUUUGUUUUUGAAGGACAAAAGUACCACCCACCGAUCACUCCUUUUCUUUGUGAUUCGUGACCACAUCGGUCAUACGCCUCUUGAGGGUCUUAAAUCCACUCUCAUGGCAGAUCUUAAUAAGAUCUGGUCAUCUCUUUCCAAACCCGCUGGUAUGGAAGAAUCUGAAAUUACAGAUUUCUUCGAUUUCCAAUUCGCUGCGCUCCCGCACAAGAUUCUUCAGCCUGAAAAGUUCUUGGAAGAGACAAAAGCUUUAAGAACAAAGUUCCGAGAAGGUGUAGAUGUACAGGUGCUGAGCGACGGUUCACCUAUCGAUGAUAACAAUAACGGUGUUUUCCUUCCAGCCUACCAUAGACGGAUACCUGCAGAUGGUUUCCCGCUUUAUGCUGAAGGUGUGUGGGAGCAAAUUGUUUCAAAUAAGGAUCUGGAUCUCCCCUCACAACAGGAACUGCUUGCCCAGUUCCGAUGUGACGAGAUUGCGGCGUCUUGCGUUGCCGGUUUCAAUGAGAUUAUCCAGCCAUUCGAGGAGCUAUCUAAGAAGGGUGGAGUACUCGACGGGCUUGGUCCUGCGAUGAAGAAAGCGCUCGGAGAAGCGGUUGGUGGCUUUGAAGAAGCCGGCGGGAGGUAUCACAAGGGCGUUUUUGGGCGAAAGAGGGAUGAAUUACGUGCAGGUCUUGAGGGCCGCCUGAGAGUGUUGGUUAUCAACCAGUUCACCGCACUUUCUAAGAGAGGGCUCGCAGAAUUUACCGAGGAGAUCACUGCCAUCCUUAAGAAAGCAAACUCAACUGCUCACGCCGGAACUGCAUCUUACGAUUUUGCCACCGUUGUGGAUGAAACAAGGAAGCUCGAGGGUUUGCAAAAAGACCUCGAUGCAGUUGCAGGACGCUUACGAGGAGAAGAAAUGAAGCGACUUGUGUCCAGGCUUGAGAAAGCCAUCAAGGUAAAACUCAUCGAGCCGAUCGAGCUUGAGUUCAGGCGGAUGGAAGACAACACUAAGGAGAAGGGGGGCCUUUGGGACCGUGUUUGGAACGUGUGGGUUGGUGUUGUAGGCGACGGAGUUGACACCUUUUUGAGUCGGGCGACUAGCUUUAAUGCUAGCGAGAAGGAAAGAGACGUCGGUGCUUGGAAGUUGAAGAAGAAGGCUUGGGGAGUGUUAAAGGCUAAGAUUGACGAAGAAGUUCAUGAGGGAAACCUUUUGUUGAAGCUUCGCGAGAAAUUCGAAGACCGUUUCAGAUACGAUGAAACAGGUGUUCCCCGCGUCUGGAAGCCGACCGAUGAUAUCGAAGGCUCCUACACAAAGGCCCUUGACGCUACCCUGAAGCUUAUUCCGCUCGUUUCUGAGAUGCGCCUAUCGAAUGGACAACAGCCUCCACUAGAUGAAUUCCUCGGCGAUGCACCUGCAGACUAUGAAGAAGACCUUGAAGAGCUUGGACCUUCUAAAGACGAAUUUGAGGUUAUUUCCGAAUCAAAACGGAUUGAUCUCCAUCAAAGAUUCAAGCGUAUGGCCGAUGCGGUUUUUGUAGAGGCGAAGCGCAGCACUAUCAAUGGUGUGGCCCAGAUCCCGAUGUUCAUGUGGGGAUUGGUGCUCGCGCUUGGGUGGAACGAAAUCUGGGCCGUGUUGAGGAGCCCAGUGUACUUCGCUUUCUUGUUGUUGUGUUGCUUUGUGGUUUAUGUCGUGUAUAGGACAAACCUGUGGGGACCAAUCUAUCAAGUUAGUAAUGCUAUGAGCCAGCAGGCCGUAGAUAUCGGAAAGCAACGCCUACGAGAGUUCCUCAGUGACAACGGCAACGCCGCUUUUGCUGGCCGAACGAACAAGACCAGGGGCUAUGAUGAUGAUGAUGAUGCUAUCAGCUUGCAGUCGCUAGAUACUGAGGGCAGAAGGAGGGUAAAGAGAGAGACUUCGGAAUAG